UGGGUGGGUGUGUGGGUGAGGUUUAAACGUUGUUUGCACUAGAAUUUCCCGGACCACCUUAAACCCCUGCAGUGACCCAGGUUUCCCCACCCUCACUGUGUCAGCACCAGGGUGGGGAGUGGAGUCGACUGCAGAAACAACUCGCUUUUUUUUUCCGCCGCUGCCAGUCGCCAUUCCUCCAGCCUUUCAGACUAUUUUUUUUCUUUAGCAAAACAGCCCCACCGAGGCUGCCUCACCACCUGCACAAGGUACAGGGCACAGAGGAAUUGCUCAAGAGAUAACAACAGCCGCUGAAUACACAGAGGGGACAUGACGACAUCCCAGCCGUCUACCCUGGGGGAACUACAGCUGUACCGAGUGCUUCAGAGGGCGAAUCUUCUCAUUUAUUACGAUGCCUUCAUCCAGCAGGGAGGGGAUGAUGUUCAGCAGCUCUGUGAUGCUGCGGAGGAAGAGUUUCUGGAGAUUAUGGCCCUUGUGGGGAUGUCCAGUAAACCACUGCAUGUACGACGCCUUCAGAAAGCUUUGCAGGAAUGGAUCACCUCUCCGUCUGCCUUCAACCAGCCUCUCACCAAACUCCCGGCCAGCAGUAUUCCCAUCGCAAAAGUCUCCGAGGCGUCAGCGUCAGCCAGUCCCAGCUCCGCCCUGGAGCACCAGGGGAGCGUGUUGGAGCUCGCCAAUAACAAUCAUUCCUUGCCCAAAAUGACAGAGAACUCCUCGCAGACGGACCCGUUGGCGGGAACGCACCACCUGCCCAGCAUAUCAAACAUCGUCACCCUGUCCAAGGAAGAGCCCCACUCCCCCCCCAAGGAUGGACCCUCCUUGCCCCUGACUCAAGACGUCAUCCAGAUCAUUACGAACUGUGCGGAACGCCUCAUCCAAGCGGUGCCCAGAAUGGACAGCAAGGAACUCGAGUGCGUUUUUAUCAGCAACAAGAAACUGGCCAAAACGCUGGGCCACAUCUUCGAGAUGAGCGACCAGGAACCGCAGAAGGAAGAGGAGAUCCGGAAGUACAGCGCCAUCUACGGGAGGUUCGACUCGAAAAGGAAAGACGGGAAGAAUCUUACGUUGCACGAGGUGAUGGUAAACGAAGCAGCCACUCAACUCUGCAUGAUCGACAGCACUCUGCUAGCCAGGCGGGAUGAGCUGUUCCCACUCGCUCGUCAAGUCGUCCGCGAAUCUGGGUACAAGUAUAGCCACAGGUAUUCCAGAUCCAAAUUUGUAGAGAUACCAACACCCAAGAGGGCAAGACUAGACACCAAUGGGCAAUAUCUACGCGACGAGGUUCACACUCGAACUGUGCAAGCGGAAUUGAUGAAACUAAAGAGACAGGAGCGACUGCUGGAGAUUCAGGCCAUACUCUCUGGGAUUUACCAGAAACAGGAGAUGCUCAAAACAAGGAUCGGACACGAGGAGCUUAACCACAAUGUGGCUGAGGUUCAUGAACUUCAGCUGGAAUUGGAGAAGGUCACCACGGAGCAGCUAACCCUCCUCCAGGAGCAGAACGACCUUAUCAAGAAGCAGAAACGUUCCGAUAAGUAUUUCUCAGCGAAGGCUCGGAGCCUGUCUCUGCUAGGGAUGCACCACAUGGAGGAGGAAGACGGUGGCAUGUCAGAAGGAAGCGGCGACGAUGUGUCUGAGGACAUGACUUCGAACUCCAGUCUGGCACCAUCUCCAUGUCCAUCAGACAUUCCCGGCACAUUUAGGCCCAGCCAGACCAAGACAAAGCAGAUGAUUCAACUCGCCCUGAUUGACGAGGGCUUGCGGGUGGCUCAACAACACGCCUCCCCUAGUACUGAGGAAGGCGAUCGAAUUAGCCCGAGAAUCAAACAGGAAACCUUCUCUGAAGACGAAGAGUGUUACAAAGACGAAGCCGACAUUACAUCAAUCCGCAAUUCAUGAAUGUAGUAGACGUAGCGACUGGACAUUUUUUUUUAAAAAAAUGUAAUGAAUUAGAUUUUUUUUAAUUUGGUAAGGUACAAAGUAUUUAUUCUUUUUUCUACUAAAGAAAUCCUUUUUUUUUAACUUGUCCGUGUAACUUUGAAGAAUUUUUUCGAGCAUCUGGAAGUCAUUUCUGUAUAUACUGACGACAACAACUUGCAUUUGUAUAGCGCCUCUCGUUUGAGGUAGUGUCCCACUGCAAUUCUGCAGGGAACACUGCAUUGUCAAAGGCCAUUUAUAUAUACUGACAUUUGCUAAACGAGCAGUUGAGCAGAUACUGUAGGUUUUUUUUACAGUUUUGAGAAUCCUAAAAAGCUUUUUGUUUUGCCAUCUUGUUUUCAAUUCCUCUCACUGUUAAGUGUAAGUCUUAUUAUGAUUGAACUGUUUCAGAGAGCAAUAAUCAUAAUAAAUAUUUCUGCUUAGAUCUUCAUCAUUUAAAA